GCAUACAGAUCAUUACUUCUCGAACGGGCGACCAAGAUUUAAGGACUGAACGGAAAAUAACAAGGAAGGGAAACGCAGAACGCUAAGAAGAUGUUGGCUUGUAGGACACUAGUCGACGUGCUGGUGAUAGCAGUACUUGCUGGACUAGCGCAGGGAAAACCCUUACAAUCAUCCGAAGAUGAAAACGCCUUCGACAAAAUAACUCAAGUCGACUCCAAAUACGAGGGAUUUACUAGUAACCCCGACUAUGAUGGAGACAUGAAACUGCCGCCUGUCAAACACUCAAGAACAAGAAGAAGUUUAAGCGGCGACGAAGAACCGUGGGAAAGGAAACAAGUACAGCUAUGGCCCGGCGGGGUUGUACCGUACCUAAUAGGAGAGGACCUAAAACGGAGGCCAAGCUUUGUUAAAAAGAUCGAGCAGGCGAUGGAAGGAUGGGAAAGGAGAACUUGUAUCAAGUUCAAGGAAAGGACGACAGAAACCGACUAUGUCAUGCUGUAUUUUGGGCCAGGCUGUCAAUCAGACGUAGGACGUGUCGGGGGUUUCCAGACGACGUCUCUUGGCGAAGGCUGCAAUGAUUACGGCAUCAUUACGCACGAGCUCGGCCACUUGAUUGGGUUAUAUCACGAGCAAAACAGACCGGACAGAAACACCUAUAUUGAUGUGCUAUGGGAUAACAUCAAGCCAUUUUUGAGACACACGUACGAGAUCAAACAAGGGUGGCACCCUAAGAGCGUUACCGGGAGCUACGACUAUUACUCCAUCAUGCACUAUGGGUCUGGGGAUUUCGCGCUGAGAUACGGACUGGCAACCAUGAAGGCGAAGUUGAUGCCGCACAUCACACACUUUGGAGGGAACCAAAUAACAGCACUCGAUGCCAGCAAAAUCAAGAAUAUGUACAACUGUCCAGCCUACCCAGACUUUCCCCGUGACUUCUACUGGUCCUACGAUGGCCGUGGCACAGAAGGAAAAACGUGCGUACUUAUGAACGAGCCAGACGACAUAUACUGGCAAAAGACCAGUCUUUGCUACAACGGAGAGGGGAAGCUUCCUCUUGGCAUGAGAUGGUCCUACAAAGGCCCGAUCAGCGGCAUGAGAUGCGAGAGAAUUUUCGAGCCGACGAAACCUCGUGUCUUUUCCUGGUACGACAACUAUCUCUGCUUGCCCAACAGUGUUCCUAUCAAGUUCACAUGGAAGCUGACGAGGCCGACCACAAGCGAGCGAAAAGAUUGUUUGAAAAUAAGGAACCCGCGAGAUGCAACGUGGAACCGAAAGUACCAUUACCUCUGUGCCUCCAGUAUGGAGGAACAAGUCGUAGACGGAAAGUGGAGUGAGUGGACUACGUGGUCGGACUGUUCUCGUCAAUGUGGCGGUGGUCUACAAGUCAGGGAAAGAAAGUGUAACAAUCCAGCACCGGCGAACGGUGGGAAGUUCUGUGAGGGCGAGACUAUGGAGAGGCAAGAAUGCAACAAGCAAUCAUGCGGAGGUCUUCCGUCUUUCCCAAACGACUUCACGUUUGGCUACCACGAGCUUCCCCCCUUCGAUGACCAUUGUCUCCGCACUUAUGAUAUGAUGGACUACUUCACGUGGGUCAACUACUACUUCUGCUCCUCUGGCAGCAAGGGUGACCCAGGCUUCGAGUGGGGGAUGGGAAGGCCUAUUCCUGGCAUGCGAUGCACUAAGAUCCACAAUAGCGUUGAAAGCAGACUGAGGCGAGGAAGUUGGGAGGCGAAUUAUCUUUGCGUUCCAACGGAGUCACCCUACAGGUUUUUGUGGUCUGAAAAUGGUCCAAUAAAAGAUAAGCAGUGUAUGCGCUGGUAUGCAAAAGAUGGAAGAGAUGGAUGGAACAAUACUUAUCUAUGUAAGGAAGGGACUAGUAUGAGAGGUCGAUGAAAAGAUGACAAAAGACAACCAUUCAAGUAAAAGUAGAGUCAGUUAAUUUAUUUAUUCAACUAAGUUAUUUAUUUAAAUCAGAUGGCAUCAGUGCUUCAGUUAAGAGAUUUACUCUUCAGUUUAAAAAAGGGCAAUACAUACCAGAGAAAAUUAAUCAAAUAUUGCUUGUGAAAAGAGUAGUGUCCUUGAUAAGUAUGGAGUGUAUUUUAUGUAGGACAUUUAAAUUAAAUCUUACCUCAAUAUCCAGGGCCCUAUUAUUGAAAAGAAAAAUAUGGUGGGAAAAGCGAUAGAAUGUUCAAAUGCUUAAAAGAUAACUGCUAUGCAUGUAGCACAUACAAAUCUCACUAUUUCUACAAAUGAGGCACACAAACAAUAAUUUUAAAUAAAAAGGGAUAAUUGUUGUUGUUUUACCUUGCUUGUGAACUUCAAGGCAUUUGCUUUGAAAUUAUUUAUUCAUUUCAAUCAUUAUUCUUGUACUUAUCCAAAUAAAAUAAUAUAUUAUAUUGUUACAAAUUUAAAUAGUGGAAAAUAAAUAAUAUUUAUCUUGAGAUUAAGUUUAAAUAAAGUAUGACAUUAAUCUC